AUGAUGUCGUUCAAAGGAUCCAAGACACGGAAGAAGAACACUGGCACAUGCGGUGGCAAGCCCAUCAUCCCCCAACCACAUGAGCUGGAGAUGGUUGUGACAUCUACCCACAUGAUACCGUUCCUACGGGUCGACUACAUGGCAUGGAUCGAAGACUACAUGGCGACGAGAAAUGGGUACAAUGCGCUCCUGCGGCUGCUCCAGCGGUUCGCUGGCCGUCAUGGAUUCUCCAAGCAAACUGUGUGCAGGGAAAAGAGACAAAAGGACCUGGAAGAGGCUCGUGCUGCGUUUGCCUAG